GUGACAGUAAAUGGAACGUGUUGACGUUUCAUUUCAUCUGGUUAAAAUCAAACACUUUUUGCUUCGGGAAGGGUUUUUGGAGUUUAUUAGCUUAAUAUUCAUAUAAUUGAAGUACUUUCUACGAAAAUAUAGAAAAUGAAACCGCUGAUGUUGCAAGGGCACGAACGUGCCAUUACACAGAUAAAAUACAACCGGGAAGGUGAUCUGAUUUUCUCAACGGCAAAAGAUCAUAAGCCUUCUGUGUGGUUUUCUCUAAAUGGCGAACGUCUGGGUACCUACAAUGGACAUUCCGGUGCUGUAUGGUGUGUAGAUGUAGACUGGACCACAACUAGAUUGAUGACUGGUGGUGGUGACAUGACCACGAAAUUAUGGGAUGUUGAAACAGGAAGCACUUUAGGAACAAUAGGUUGCAAUUCAGUUGUACGAACUUCAAACUUUAGCUAUUCUGGAAAUCAAGCGUCAUAUUCUACGGACAAAACAAUGGGUAAUAACUGCGAGCUAUUUAUUAUCGAUGUUAGAAAUGUGGACUCCAGUAUUAGCAGCCAAAGUCCCGUGCUAAGGUUAACCAUGCAACAGCAAUCUAAGAUCACUUCCAUGCUGUGGGGUGCUUUAGACGAAACCGUCAUUACCGGCCAUGAAAAUGGUUCAAUGAGAAUUUGGGAUCUUCGUGCUGGUAAAGAGCUUGUUUCAAUCAACGAUCAUACCAAUGUUAUCAAUGACAUGCAAAUGUCCAACGAUGGAACAAUGUUUGUGUCCGCUUCCAAAGACAACACAGCUAAACUGUUUGAUUCGGAUUCACUGGCUUGUUUGAAAACGUAUAAAACAGAACGACCGGUUAAUUCUGCUGCAAUUAGUCCAAUCAACGAACAUGUUGUGCUAGGAGGUGGACAGGAAGCAAUGGAGGUAACAACCACUUCCACUAAGGCUGGUAAAUUUGAUUCACGAUUCUUCCAUCUGGUGUACGAAGAAGAGUUUGCUCGCGUCAAGGGUCAUUUUGGCCCAAUCAACAGUUUAGCCUUCCAUCCGGAUGGCAAAAGCUAUUCAACGGGAGGGGAGGAUGGUUUUGUACGGGUUCAAGUUUUCGAUGCAUCAUAUUAUGAAUUUGUUUUCGAGUAAAAUUUUAUAAACUAAUAACCGCAAAACUUCUAAUUAAGGGAAAAGAUAAGAGCACUCCGUAAGUGAAGUAAUUGAUCGGAAUGGUAAGCAAGAGUCUUUUGUAUACG